AUGGUGAUCCACAAAGCUCAUUAUGGUGAUUUCAAUAAAAGCAGGACAUUUGAUGUGAAUGCAGCCAUUGAUGCGCAGUGUAGUAGACUAACAAACUGUCAGGUGAAACCUCUUUGUAGUGGAAAAAGUUCCUGUGAACUGACCGUCAACAAUAAUUUACUGCCAUCAAAAUAUUGCCCUGAUAUUGCAAAAGAACUUUAUGUUGAAUACACGUGUGUGGAUAAUUACGUAGAACCCAUAACAACAGCUACCAACAUAAGAUUAUCCAAGUCACCUAACAAAGGUUUCCUUGAAAUAAAAAACGGUUCCACUUGGAGAAAAGUUAAUGAAGAAAUUCCGUUUAAGAACCGGGAAAACAUCCUGUGUGAGCGUUUAGGAUUCAUUGGGACAAGUUGGAACAAUGUCAGUACAAAGGAAAUUGGAAACAGACAAGUUAUUGCAACCGGUGAUCUCUGUUAUAACAACACAAAAUCAAGCAAUACCCCUUGUUGUACCCAUCUUCUACUUUCUACGGUCGCUCCUGACAUCAAGUUGCCAUAUUUCACAUGCAGUGAGAUAUGCGAGAACCCAUUGUUACAGAACGAAACUAAGUUUCCAGACACUGUAUUUUCUGGAAGUGGUUCUACUGACAAUACCAAGUACAAAGAAGCGAGAUUUUCUAGCAAUGGUUGGUGUCCAACCGAGUCUGGAAACAAAUAUCUUAAGAUUGACCUUCUAAACGAAUAUCACAUAACACGCGUAAUGAUUAUGGGUGAUAAAGAUCAGACAAAGUCGAGUGGAUCUUAUUCAUUGAAAUACAGUCAUAAUGAAAGUUUGGUAGACGGUGGUAGUGGUUUACAGAUAACAGGAAACAUGUACAGCUUUCAAGCAUCGACUACGGACGUUGAUAUUUAUAAUGCGAGAUAUAUCAAGAUACAAUCAACUGGAAAUACAGACUUUUGUCUCAGAAUAGAACUCUGCGGAGAAGACACAGGAUGGUCAACUAAAGAAUACUCAGACAAUAGUUUACCAUAA